AUGGUAUUCAGUGCUAAAAAGGGAACAGUGGUUGCCAAGUUAUCAGCCUUUGAUGAAGCAGCAUCCGUCCAAGGAGUGGCAGUGACUAGCCAGUAUUUUGUAGUUGUCUGCAGGUACCCCUAUCUGAGAGUCCGAGAAAUAAUUCAUAUUGAGUUGUUUAGCAUACAGGACUUUGCAUACAUCCGCACAGUGAAAGGUUGCUGCAAUGAUCACAUCUCCAUCUUAUCUGUAAACCACUUGGGUUCUCAUAUUGUGGCUCUGUGCUCCUGUGUUAAGACAAACAUCACUGAGAUCAUCUCAUGGAACUUAGAAACAGAAGAACAUAAGCAUCUGGCCAAGUUCUCUUCUAUAGCUAUUGCAGGUGUAUGUUUUGACUUGCGGUUCUGCCUGGCUGUCUGCAAAGGAGAGAGCUUCCUGCGAGUGUGGAAUCUGGCUUCUAAAAUAAAUGAUCAAUCUUUGAAUGUCAACGUGACUAAGAUGAAGAAAACAAAAGGGAUUGAGGAAAUUUUUCCUAUGAAGAACUAUCCCAGCUACGUAGUGUGCAGAGGCUUGAAUGCUGAAACCUUUACUGUGUGGAACAUAAGAAACUCAAAGUGCGAAGGGCUUCCUGUCCGAGUAGAAAGAGGUCUGUUUGAGAGUACAGACAUUGUACUGGUGAAGGAUAUGAAGCUGUACAUCCUUUCAGACAAGGGCACAGUCACUUUCACUGGAACACAUCGGCCUAUCUUCCAGACCCUGUUGGUGUAUGAUCUCCUUAAGAAGAAAUACUUAAAGAAAAUAUCUUCCCUGUACAUUGUGCCGAGUUUUAAACAUGAAUAUAAGAUCCUGGAAGGAGAUCUGCUUCUAGGGAUAUCAGAAAACAGAGAUCACUUCAUUAUCUGGAACCUGAAGACUGGAAUUAUGGAGAAUCGGAUUCGUCCUGUGUACAAAGACGAUAUGUCCUUAUCGAAUAGUCUUCCUUCUCAUGUGACUUCAAUGGACAAUCUGUACAAGGAACUCCUGUGCAAAAGAAAAUCAAGAGAUAUAGAAGGAUCAGGAGUGUAUCUCACGCCCUGGGAAAAGCGUAAUGAGACAAAGACAGCUCGGAAGAGGAGGCACGAGAAGGACGUGAGGCAAGAAAUAGAAAGAUUGCAGCAGUUUGCUGAUGAGAAAACAAACAGUAUUGAUCAGUACCUGCUAAGUGGGAAUGAGAAGAUAAUUGUCUGUUCCUAUUUUGCACAUCACCUCACAGUCUUCAGCUUGGACACCAAGUCUCACACUCACACCCUCGAGGACAGGAGGUCAAUGCUUUUCUUGCACAGUGCUGCACUGACACACAGUGGCAGCUACCUGGUGCUUUCAAAUUACAAUGAAGUUCAGAAAGUGAGUUAUGUCACUCUAUGGAACCUGCACACUGGUAAGGUCACCAAGAGGUUAAGAAAUGAACCCGACGUGUGUUGCAGUGCGAUCAUGGAUGGGGCUGAUCGAAUUGUGUACGGUGUCAUGGAAGCAAACAGACUGAAAGUAUGGGAUCCAUUCAGAAAAGGCCACAAGACUAUUUCAGGAUAUGAAAAGUUUAACCUAAAUAUGAAUAGUAGAGUGCAUCUGACAGAUAAUGGAACAAAGGCUGUGAUUCUGGCAGACGAUGUGAGUCUAUGGGAUCUCGAAAAAGGCACAGUCCAGUCCAUUUUUACUCCCGAUAGUGUGAUCCGGUGCAUGUCCUUGGCCUUCGAAGAUAAUAAUAUUCUUCUUGGCAUGAGCGACAACCCUGCCCUCAUUGUACUUAAGCUGAUGUCGAAGGACACAGUGAAACUGAGUUCAAAAGAGAACUUGUUUGGAGAAGCCAGCAGUAGUGAGGAUGAGGACAAUUCUAAUUUUAGGUCAGGGUAA